AUGGCAAACGUGGCUUUGAUUGGAUGCACAGGCAUGGUGGGAGGUCAUAUCCUCUCCAGCCUUCUUGCAAACCCAGCUGUCACGCGAGUUGACACAAUCUCCCGUCGCACUCCGCAAGCCGCAGCAUCCGCGCCCAAUGCAAAACUAACGACCUUCGUGUCCACCGAUACGUCGAAAUGGCCAAGUGAGCUCUCUUCUCUCACUCCAACUCCGUCUAUUUUCAUUUCAGCCUUCGCCACCACACGAGGAGCGGCAGGUGGUUUCGAGGAACAGUAUAAAAUUGAGCACGACUUCAAUAUCGAAAUGGCGAAGGCUGCUCGUGAUGCGGGAACCAAGGUGUACGUCCUUAUUUCGUCUAACGGCGCCGACGCAAAGUCCAAUUUCGCGUAUAUGAGGAUGAAAGGGGAAAUUGAAAAUAAUAUCAAGGCAUUGGACUUCGAGAGGACUGUAAUUCUUCGACCGGGGUUGAUUGCCGGCCAGCGGGACGAGAGUCGGCCUAUGGAAGCUGUGGCUCGAUUCUUCGCAGGUACUGUGGGUAAGCUGCACUCCAGCUUGAAGGAUGGGUGGGCGCAGGAGGCCGAUGUCAUUGGCAAUGCUGCUGUCAAUGCUGGGCUCAAGGCCCUGGAUGGCAAUGUUCCCGAGGGCAGUGAAAAGGUCUGGUAUCUGCAUGGCAACGACAUCAUCCAGAAUGGGAAGGCAUGA